UAUGGCUAAUUCUUUAUCUCUAGCAAUGGCGCCACUUAUCUUUGCCUUUUUCCUUCUCAUCGCUCCUACUAACGGGGAUAGCAACACUGCUCCUGGUGCUUUUCCACAUGGUAAGAUAUCAAGUCCACCACCACCAGUCAAAGGAUCCUCUCCAACACCUCCAGUCCCCAUGCCACCAACCAGUCCAUACCCACCCACCCAGGUGACCCCUCCUCCUCCACCAGUUAAGUUACCAUCCCCACCUCCGGCACCGGCAGUCAAGCUACCACCACCUUCACCAUCACCACCAGUCCCUACUCCCCCCGUUUCACCACCAAAGACCACAGCAGACUGCGUUCCCCUAUGCCAGGUGAGAUGCAAAAAGCAUUCAAGGAAGAACGUAUGCCUAAGAGCGUGCACAACUUGCUGUUUAAGAUGCAAAUGUGUUCCACCAGGCCAAUAUGGCAAUCUAGAGAAAUGUGGCAAAUGCUAUGCUAACAUGACCACUCGUGGAGGCAGGCGCAAGUGUCCAUGAAAAUUUUUAAAUGGUGUAAUACAGAAAACUGUUGCAGCUGUGACAAUUGAUCAAGUAGUUAACAUGUGCUUUCUGAGGAUAUUUUGAUAUUUAAAUGUCCAAACAGAUCCAGAAAACCUGUCUAUCUUCGUCCUUAGAUACCCAUUUUUCUCCAACUGUUUGAGGUUAAGCCCAAAUAUCAUUAAGAGUAUCUUAUAAUUUUUUAUAUUGUGUGAGUGUGUCUGCACGUUGUUUUAGUAAUGGAAGGGAACGAUUCACAUGUUAAUCUUGCAGUAUUAGAAAUUUAUCUGGCAU